CCUUGAAACAGUCCUUCCUAUUUUGAGUCGGUAACUUUUUACAUAAGAUGGCCAGACUCCCGCCACAUCUUGAAAACUGGUUUUAUUUGUUAAGUCAAUCUUGGUCGCCGGCACUAAGAUAUCACCGUAAAUGGGGACAGAAGAAUCCUAAACAGUUUUGUUAUUGGACCCUACAUGGUCUGUGGUUAAACGAAUCCGGACUGGGAAAGCUUGACUAUACGUUCGAUCCGCCACAAGCUGAUUUCCGGACGAAACUAAAUCAAGAUCCUGAAUGUUUACAAAGAUUGAAUACUGUUUGCCCCAGUUUGCUUCCAGGACAAUCAAAUGAACAGCAUCAAGAUAGAAAAGUCAUAAAGCAUGGUACUUGCGUUAUGCAUUAUGCUGCUCAAGACGGUAUCGAAGAGUUGAGCGAUGGUAAAGGAUAUUUAUGCACAGCUGCCAGAUUGGCCACAGAAUUUAAUAUGAGCCGGUACCUAAAAAAUACCGCGAUUGGAAAAGAAUACGCUGUACAAGAUUUGAUCAGCCCUAUUUACGAUGAAACUAAAAGAGUGCCUUAUAUCCACUUCUUAACUAACGGCGGAGUGAACUAUUUGUCAGAAAUCUAUUUAUUCUUUAACCGGCAUUUAAAUCUUAUAAGUAGUCCAGUCCGAAAUCACGGCUGGAAUACGAAAGUGGUGUAUUUGGGAUGCGAUAACAACACCCACGCGUUACAACUACCGGAACACACAUCGGCUGCAGCUCAAACGGAUAAAGCUCAACCGGAUGAAGCUCAGGGUUGUACUUGCGCUCAUAAUACAAAAAAAACAUUGGGUCACAAGCAAUAAAAAUCUAUGACAUUAUUCUAU